AUGGCUCAGCCGUCGCACCCGACCCUCAUCAACCUCCCGCCCCCGGGCUCCAACCCUGACACGCCGUCUGAGAUGCCCGGCACCCCAACCAGCACAACAACCUCGCUGUCUGCCCUCUCCACCACCGCCAUCAAGGACGGCCACCGCGGCCAUUUCCCCCCCGGACCCCUCGGUCGCGGCCAUCAGCACAGCCCCUCGGCCACAAGCCUCGAGGCCGAGCGUGCCGAUCGCAUCUCCCGCCUCGCCGGCCUCGAGCGCGUCUCGACCCUUCGUGCCGCCCCCCAGACGCCCGCCCAGCCCGGCUCCAGCUCCUCCCACCUCUCCCCACAGACAACGCCCACUUCGACCACUGGCUUCCCUGCAAACUUCCCCGCUUCCCAACACCUGACGGCCGCCUACUUCGAUAGCAAUGGCCAGCCCGUCGCCGUCACCAAGAUGAGCACCGUCGGCUCCGCCAGCGCCACGGAGAGCCACGUGGGCGAGGGCGAGGGCGAGGACGCCCGCACCACCGCCGGCGACCGCGACGAGGACAUGCUCAGCACCGGCACAAACUACCGCGAGGCCGGCUCCGUCACUAGCAUGGCCCAGGACCAAGACCCCAUGGACGAGGAGCUGGACGCCCUGGCCGCCCGCUCCCUUGGCGGCUACGACGACCGCAUGAGCGACGACGGCUCCGCCUCCCUCGUCGGCUUCGGCGAAGGUGCCGGCAGCACCGUCUCCGGGCCAAUUUACCAACGCCGGCCUCCCCCGACCGCCUCGGCCGGCGCCCAGCUUGCCUGGAACCUCGAACGCACCAGCUCGGGCCUCGGAAGCGACGCCCGACGAGACCGUGACACCGUCAUGGGAGGAGCUGGUGGCGGCGGUGCACCGGGUGGCGGCGACACGCCAAUGAGCGCAUCCGCAAUUGAGGAGAGCCGCGACGCACGCAUGAUGGACGGCGUGGCCGCUGAAGCCCCUCAUCCGGGACACGGCCACGGCGACGAGGCUUUUGUCGACACGACCUUUCGCGGGCCCAUACAGGCUUCAGGGCGGCAACCGAGCAGGGAGACGGCCGAGCGAAUCGUGCAGCAGCUGGACCGCGGCGAGCGCAGCGUCGGCUCGACGGCGCUGGGGAGCCCCGGCAGGGGUGGCGAGCCGCUCGGCAAGUUUUACUUCGAGGGCGGAGAGAGGCGAGAGGAUUAG